AUGCCUCCCUUUUCUGCUCCUACACUGUACGAUACCGCUCCAACCUUCCAUCAUGGAGUUUCGGUCUCUAGCACAAUCUCUUUAAGUAGUUCUCCUUCGCGUCAAAUUCUCGCCGAUGUGGAAUUUGUCUCAAACAAUGACAUGAACGGUGAAGGUCAUUACACUGGAGAGAUCAACAAGGUCACCCGUCUACCACACGGCCGUGGUAGCCUCAGAUACACUAGCUAUGAGAAGAAGAAUUGCAUCGCCUACACUGGAUUAUGGGAGAACGGCCUUCGCCAUGGUCAUGGAAGCCUCGAAUAUACCACUGGUGUCUAUGUCGGCAACUUUGAUCGCGAUGUCCGUGAAGGAUUCGGAUUUUUCAGGUGGGCGGAUGGUGCCGAGUACCAAGGUGACUUUAGCCAGGACACCCCUAACGGAAGAGGAAAGUUUCAAAGGAAGGAUGGAUCCACUUACUACGGAGACUUCAAGAAUGGACACAUGCAUGGAUUGGGAACUAUGGAGUAUGAAAACGGUGAUUUCGGAGUUUUCAACUGGAACAAUGGUAAAAUCUUGACCAAGUCUGAACAAAAGCGAUCGAAAAAUCGCAAGAGGUGGGCCAAGAGCCAACCACAAGAGGAGAUUAUCUUGGUAUAG